UGGAGGAGCUGCUGCUCGCCGUCGGCGAGCAGCCCCGCGCUGACCCUCGGCCACGGCAGGCCGCGCCGCCCCUGGGCGGCGGCGCCGCCUCCCGCGCCGUCUACUUCGCUCCCAGCCAGUGGCGGGGCAGGUGCGCCUGGCUCUACGAGGCGGAGGGGCUCUGGGACCCCGAGCUCUUCCGGAGGGCCGCGCGGCGGCUGGUCGACAGGCACGAGGGCUUGCGGUUCACGCUGGUGGACCCCCCGGAGCUGCUGGUUUUCGCCUCCGUCCCGGCUGGGCUGCAGGUGGCCCUCUGGCCCUUCCUCCGGGAGCACCUGGGGCGGUGCUCGUGGCCCGGGUGGGCCGUGCGUGCUGCCGGGUGGCUGUCGGCGGCGGCGUGCAAGGCGGUCGCCUUCGGCCUCAAGGGCGGCUGGCCGAGGGUGGGGCCCGCCGCGGGGCCGGGCGGGGGUGCGGAGGAGCCCGCGGUGCGCUGCGUGCGGUGCGCGUCCUGGGAGGAGGUGAAGCGGGGCAUGCAGGCCCAGGGCAGGGAGUACGUGCCCCCCUUCGCCCUGGGCCUCUACCUGCUGGAGGCGGAGGGCGGCGGUCCCGCCAAGAGCUUCCUCCACAUUGUCUGCACGCACGCCUUCUCGGACGGCUUCACCUGCUUCCCGCUGAUCGCCGACCUCGCCGAGCUGUACGAGGCCGAGGUGGCGGCGCUGGCGGGGGAGCGGUGCGACCCGGCGCCGCCGCUGCCGUGCGCGUUCGGGGUGCUUGAGCGAAGGCUCUUCGAGGCCCUGGAGCUCCAGCCCUUCGACGUGGCGCCCGAGCAGGUGUCCAUGCGGUGCACGGAGUUCUACGUGCCCCUCUGCCCCUCGAUCAAAGAGCCGGGCCAGUACAACCACCACGUCCAGUUCGACGCCGGCGCCGUCGCCCUGCUCCGCCAGUGCGGCAGGAGCUACGCGGCCCCCCUGGACGUGGUCCUGCUGUCCUGUGUGACCACCGCCCUGCUUCGCGCGGGAGUCAGCGACGCCGCCGGCCGCCUCACCGGGUUCCCCCGGGUCGCGGACCACCCUCGCCAGCUGCUGUCACUGGCCCUCUACGCCCCCAUGCGCGACGGCGCGCACCAGGAGGCGAUGGUAGGCCUCUUUAGCGACUGGCGCGAGCUUAAGGUGGCGUCGGCGCCUGGCGACGGGGCCACCGUGCUGGGGGAGCUGGUGCGCCUGGUGCAGCAGAUCCGCGGGCGGCGGUGGGGCAAGUUCGACGCCAUGCAGAACUCGCAGCGCGUGCUGGUGAACAUCCUCGCGCUGGACGAGCGCCCGCGCGGAGCCUGCGCCCUUCGGCAGACACGGGCCCACGAGUGGUGGCCCGACAAGGACGAGGGCCGCACGCGCCAGUACCGGUCGAGCGCGCUGCGGCCGAUGCGCCUCACGCUGGAGCAGUACGAGCUGACCACGUGGUGGCUGUCGCUGGACCUCGCCGAGGACUCCUUCCCGCCGCACUGGUGCCGCAUGUUCGUGGCCAACCUGGAGCGGACCGUGGGGGAGCUGGUGAACGCGCCCUUCACCCCUGUGGUUUAGACGGUAGUUGCGCAGCUUCCGUAUGACAAGCCUUCCGCGCAUCCCACCCGCCAGCCCUUCGCGAUCGGAUCCCUCCUUGUUCCAUGCCCCCACCGGUCUGGGCUUCAGCCACACCUCUUCGACCCGACGUGGAGUUUUGUCUCACGACGUGGACCUUCAGAGGUCUUG